CCUACUGUCUCGCGCUCAUGGCUCGCGCUUCGUCUGCAAAAUGAUAUACAUUUUAGGAAGUGGUUUCAGCAAAAAGGAACAAAAACGCGUUGUCAGCGAAAGUCCUGAAAAUCACAGCUAAACCAUGGGGAAAUAAAGAAGAAGACACCACUUUAAGUUUCCCCUCCUCUCUUCUGACUCCUAAGUGAUGGAGCGUCCUCUGCUGGGACGAGGGUCCGCCCUGUGCUGCUCCUACAGCUCUCUGAAGGCCUGGCUGCCCCUCCUCUCCUGGGCACCCCGGUACCGGCUGAAGUGGCUGCAGAUGGACCUGCUGGCCGGCCUCACUGUGGGGCUGACCACCGUCCCUCAGGCGCUGGCCUACGCUGAAGUAGCCGGCCUUCCUGUGCAGUACGGACUCUACUCUGCCUUCAUGGGGGGGUUCGUCUACACCCUCCUGGGGACCUCUAAGGACGUGACACUGGGUCCCACAGCCAUCAUGUCCCUCCUGUGUUUCUCUGUGGUUGGGGGGCAGCCUCACCGCGCCGUGCUGCUCAGCCUCCUCUGUGGACUCAUCCAGGCUGGAAUGGCUUUACUGAGAUUAGGUUUCCUGCUGGACUUCAUCGCCUACCCUGUAAUAAAAGGCUUCACUUGUGCUGCUGCGGUAACCAUUGGCUUUGGCCAAGUCAAGAAUAUUCUAGGACUCGAUGGCAUUCCCCACGACUUUGUCUUGGAGGUCUACUACACCUUCUACAAGAUCCCAGAAGCCAGGAUAGGUGACGUGGUGAUAGGUCUGCUGAGCCUCUCUGUGCUGGUCAUGUUGGUGUUCAUGAAGAAGAGUCUGGGCUCUGACGACGCUCCCAGCUGCUCCACAACGAUCGCCCGGAGACUAGUGUGGACCGCUGCGACCAUGCGUAACGUUUUGGUGGUGGUAGCAGCAUCCUGUGUAGCCUUUUCCUGGAACGCUUUCGGCCAUCCCGUGUUUACGGUCACAGGGGAAACUUCUAAGGGUCUCCCACCGUUCAAGCCCCCGCCCACCUCAGACACCACAGCCAACGGCACCGUCGUCACCUUUGGAGAGAUUGUAGAGGACUUCGGUGGGGGGAUGGCAGUGAUCCCCUUCAUGGGUCUGUUGGAGAGCAUUGCUAUUGCUAAAGCAUUUGCCAGUCAGAACGACUACAGAAUUGAUGCCAACCAGGAGCUGCUGGCUAUUGGUGUGACCAACAUCAUGGGCUCCUUUGUGUCCGCGUACCCCGUCACGGGAAGCUUCGGGAGAACAGCAGUGAACUCUCAGACUGGUGUUUGCACUCCAGCUGGAGGGAUCGUCACCAGUGUGAUAGUGUUGCUCUCCCUGGCGUUCCUCAUGCCCGCCUUCUACUACAUCCCCAAAGCUGCUCUCGCUGCUGUUAUCAUCUGUGCGGUCGCUCCCAUGGUGGAUUAUCAAGUCGUGGCUAAGAUGUGGAGGAUACGCAAGCUGGACCUGGUGCCUUUCGUUGUGACGUUCCUGAUGAGUUUCUGGGAGGUGCAGUACGGCAUCGUGGGAGGUGUAGCUGUAUCAGGAGUCCUGCUGCUGUACCACACGGCCAGACCACAAAUAAAGGUGUCUGAUCCCGGCAUGCUGGUGAUGGAGUUGGGCAGUGGGCUCAGCUUUCCUGCCACAGAGUAUCUCAGCCACCUCAUACACACUCAGGCUCUGCAGGCGUCUCCCCCGCGGUCAGUGGUCCUGGAUUGCCAUCAUGUCAGCGUUAUAGACUACACAGUGGUCAGCGAGCUCAGGGACCUGCUGCGGCAGUUCAAACUACGAGAAGUUCUGCUGGUCUUUUCCAGAUUGCAGCCCUCGAUCCUGGAGGUUCUCCUGGCAGCUGACCUGCAGGACUUCAGGCACACAGACAGUGUGGAGGCGGCACUACAGAUGGAGACAGAGCCUCCUCGAUGAAUGACAAAAAAAAAUUCUAAUCAGAGACUGGAGAGGACGGAAGAAACGUAGCGACACUGAUCAGUGACGUUUCUGAUGUGGGAUUAACAGGUUUUUAUGAAGUUUGAAAGGUGAUGACCUACCUCCAACAAUUGAUAACCUGGCUGCUGGUUGUACAGCCUGACUUUGGAAAUCAAUAUGGGAUUUGGAGAUUACAGCACUACAACAUUGCACAUCAACAUUGGACCAAAAGUCUAAUUGUGUUGUUAUAGUAUUUUAUAUGAGGGACCAUUUUAGAGUAAGGGGGGUAAUGAGAGAAGUAUUAUUACUUAAGUAUAUAUUUACUAACGGCGAUCUCCCACCGUUAUGUUUUAGGUUUAAAAGGUGGUAGGGGGGCUUCCAGAGACCAAAAUCGGAAUUUACACUAAGAAUAGGGAAGAUUGGUGUGUGAAUAAUGAACAGCAGAGAGCGAAGCUAACACUUAAUCUAUCUGUCAUCAUGUGUAUUUUAUUUAUCAUAUUUCUAAAUGUAAGUUGAUUGGUUUCUGUUAUUAUUAUUUCGGGAAUUCAAUAUUGCCAAGUCAGUUUCAAAAUGAUUUUAAUUGACUCAUCACAAUGACACUGAUUGAAUUACAUUUCAACCUAAAUUAUCAAAUCUAUAGAAGGAAUUUUACAUUUACAUUUACAGAUGUGUGCAUGUGGGUUUGUGUAGUGAAGUCAGCUGAUUGGUCCCAGUAUCAUUUCCCCAAAUUGUUAUCAACGUGGAGGUGAUAUACUGAUUUUCUUGCAAGCAGUGGUUUCCACAUGAAUCCAUAAGUAGUUUUGACAAAAUACAUUUACUCUGAUAACUUCCGACCGAAUGUGAAAUCCAUACCGAGACCUUUACAAAACUUUCUAAAUCUAUCAAUCUGUGGCCUCAACAGCUCUUCUCUUUUUUCAAGUUUAAAAGCGACUUACUGAAGUAAAGCUGCAUUCAUAAUAUAUUUCCAAUAAAAUGUAUUCAUUUGUUGAGAUACGUUUUUACAAUGACAUUGUAUAUUUUUCUUUUAAUCUAUGAAUAUUUUUGAAAAAAGCACAAAAUCUUUGUUUUAGCGUUGUGAAAUACGGAAACAUUCUCAUUUCAUAGAUGGUGAAUACUUUCCAUAGGGUAAGUGACUGCAAAUAUCACAAAGUAAACCAUUGAAGGCAUACAUCAGCGGAUUUUCUAUACAAGCAUUCACUGUACCUGCAUUAACUACUGUAAAACACUUCAACACCAAAUGUGCAAAAGGGAACAUUAUGUAAGUACUUUUACCACUCGUGUUGUAUGUUGAUGGUAAAGUCCAGAAGUUCAGCCCCUCACAUGAACAACAAGAUGAAGGGUUGUCAUCAUCCAUCACCCUCGCCCGGCUUAUCGGCUGUUUCCAGUUUUAGCAAUUAUUAACCAGGCUGCUGCUUCACUGGGAAAUCUUCCUGAUCAGUGUCGAGUUGAAAUAUGAAUAUGUGGAUUCUUCUCAAGAUCAGGACUUCUCUUAAUUUGGAUGUCAAUCUUGAAAAACUGUUCAUUAAAAUGACAGAACUUUUCAAUCUAAA